GUGUAUUGUAAACGUUAUUAGUUUUAGCUCAAGUAUUUUUUAACAGAUGGUUUAUUUUGUUGUUAUGAUGUUCAGGUAAAAGGGAAUCUGGUGGAUAAAAUCAACGGCACAAUAUUCAAUGCCAUGGCUUCUGCAAGACUAAACACAGUUGAGGCUUUCAAACAAAUGGGUAAUCAAACGGCCACAAUGCUGUCGAAGAUAAAAGACUUUCAAUCAAAUACAAAAGGGUCUCUGAACAUCGCCUCUAUCAAGGCCGAUGUGAACACGUAUGCAGAUACAGCCAAAACCUACGACGCGUACAGACAAAAAGGCGGUUUAGCUCUCAGCGCCAUGACGACGUUAAUCGUGGUGUUCCUGGUGCUAGGUGUGGUGUUUGGCACGGUUGGUCAAGGGCUUCGAACACCGCCCACUGACCGGGGUUGUGUCUCCAACUCGGGAGGCAACUUAUUAAUGGCCGGUGUGGCGUUCAUCUUCAUCUUCUCGUGGCUACUGAUGCUGCUUACGAUGCUGUGCUACAUCCUCGGGGGACCCAUGGAGCGCUUUUUCUGUCAGUCGCUGGCCGAUCCGGAACUAAAACUUGUCAAGGUAAUGGAGAAAAAAUGGCUAUCAGAGGAUGUAAAGACCGCAGUAGGAGGGUCAGUUACGGAUGUGUUGCAGGGAUGUCGAGAUGGUAAAUCAGCCUAUUUAGCGUUUAAUCUGAAAACGCGUUUCAACAUCAGCGAAAUCGAUGAACAGUUGAAAGCCCAGAAAAAGAAUAUUGACGAUCAGUUGAACAAGACCCUUGCUAAUGUUGCUAAUGCGACCGGUGGCAUGAACGAUUUUGACAAGACAGCAAAUGCCAGUUUUACUGAUUUAAAAACAGCAUUCGCAGCCGUUCAGGCAGACGAACUAGACAAGGCGAUAGCGGCUGCUCAGCAAAUUCCAAUUUUCGGUGGAAUCGACCUGAGUGGCUUUAAGGAUGCAACGCAAAAUCUAAAGCGAGUAAAUGCUAGCCUUCAGGAAUGGGAGACGAAAUUUGUUGACGGCAUGAAAACGGCCAGCUCCCAAAUACAGGCCAAGAUGCCGGAGCUUGUCAAAGAUUUCCAGACCAAAGUGAUGAACAUCGCUGACAAUUACGUCAACUCCACGAAAGAUAAGGUGAUAAACGACGUUGGAAAAUGUACCCCGGUAUGGAACCUGUACCAUUCCAUCGUGGUUGUGGCGCUGUGUCAGUACACCAUCGACUCGUUCAACGGGUUCUGGUUUUCGAUAGGCUGGUGUUUGUUCUUCUUCAUGCCCAGCCUCGUGUUUGGAGUGAAACUUGCCAAGCACUUCCGUCGGAUGAAUCCUGAUGACGAUGAAGAGGGCCUACAUAUGGGAUCCCUCGUGCCAAAGAAAAAGGCUGACCAGUAACCUGGGAACAAGGUUGCCCCGGCACCAGAUCAUCAUAACUAACACGGUUGCUUCAUUAUCUAUAUUCAAAAAACGCCGAGAUAAAAUUGCUAUUACUAGCGUGUGUUUAACGUUUUUGGUUGCCCUUUAUGAAUAUGUUAUGAACAAAGUCUACAUAUUAACAAAAUCAAUAUAAAACGCAUUAAUAGAUAUUGUAUAACUUUAAAACCUUAAUAAACUAACUCGAUGAUAGAGUGUACUGGAAGGACAUUUCGAUGUUCGUGGCCGCCUGGACAAAAAUGGAAGACCGACAUAGAAAUAUUAAACUCGAUCAAUAUAAACAAUCAUACUUAAUUAUAACUCUAAGCUUAGAAUGUCUUAUUAAAAAUGUAUUAGCACCGGAUUAAAAUGGUUUGACAUUAAUGUUAAAUUGUUUGUUUAUUGAUUAAUAUCAUAUAAUUGUUUUGCUUGUUUUUGCGUGACAUGUUAUCGUCUUUUACCCUUAUUGUCUUGUGGAACGAUAGCAUUUAUUGGUGUGCGCUUUAAAUUUUAACAUACAUUUUUAUGUGUUUUUAAUUAUAUUUGUUAUUUUAAUAUUGAUUUUAAAAUUUUGCUUGUUGAUUUUAAUGUAUAAUCAGAUAUGUGUUGGUGUAGCACACAGAACCACGUAUGACGGUUUUGUCUAUUAAAUCAUCUGCGUAAAUUUUUAAUAAACGUUAUUUUAACUUCUGCUUGAAUGUUAAUGUUACUCUGUAAAGGGACUUGUUCAAAAUUUGGCAAAAAAUCAAUAUUUAAACAAAUGCAAUUCAAAGUCCAUAGACACGUUUCGUUUAGCGUUAUAGAUUAAGAAUUAAUCAUCUAUCGAAAUCGAAAAUGAUAAAAUAACAACUUGUUUGGUACAUACAAAGUUCAUCGAUAAUUUAUGUAAUAAACGUGUAACUGGCAUAUAGUUUAAUUGGGAGUUUAAUACUUGUGCAAAAAAUAACUCAGGGUCGAACGUUCGAUCCCUCGCUAAACCCAAACCUAUAAACUACUAGUAACUCUCAAAUGAGAUUUAACAGAGAUGCAAGGUACGUUGUGUUUCAACACAUGCACAAUCACGAUCCUCGUACCCCAACUAUUUCGCAUUCCAUGGUUGGGGCGGGAUAGCUAUAUGGCAGAAUCCCAGUGCAGUGGGUAAUAAAAAUAAACUGCAAACACAGGUCUGAUUGCUCCAACGGCAGCGAGUAAGGCUUUGCUUCCAAAAGUUCCGGGUUCAAAUUAAGGUGAAUGCAUUUUCUAUUUAACAGUUUAUAAAUCGUGUAUCUUAAUUGUGUUUAAAUAUUCAAAUUUUAAUACUUUGAAAUCUUAAUGGUUUAAAAAGUAAAAAUAUUAAAUGGCAUAAUUCAUAAAAACCAAAAUGCGUGAACAAGUCUCUGUACACUGACGCUGCUUCCUUUAACUGCUGGAGUUUUCCGUCCAUUUUUAUUAUUGUUAAUAAAUCAAUGAAAAUGUA